ACUAGGGACUGCAACCUGACGUCAACACUUCGUCAGUUUUAUUCUAAUUCGGAGCUGUUCGGAAGAAGAUUGAAACGAAGAAUGAGUGACGACAAAUUAGUUCGUGACGUCACUGAAGAAGAUGCUGUUACACAGUGCAAGCAGGUGUGUGAUGUUUUAAAGAGUGGCUUGUUUUCAUCGACAACAGUACACUGGCUGAUAAAAUUGGAAACUAAGCACAAUUUUUUUGGUGAUUGUCGACGGAAUGACAUCUGUAUUGUGUAUGACUCAAGGACUGCUGCCAAGUUUAGUAUUGCUUUGGUGAGGGCUUUGGAGAAUUGUGGCAUGAAAGUGAACACAGUUGACCUUGAGAAGCUGAACAUUGACAAGGAGCAGUCAUCAGUUUUGAAACAACAACAAGAAGGCGCUUGGAUUACUCUAUUUAUUGUGAGUUUGCACAUGCUGACUACGUUUUGGAACAGAGUGCAACUAUCAGUUAGGCAACUGAUGGUCUCUGAUCAUCACAUUAUACUUGCGUUAUGGUACAACAUUGAAAAGCAGACAGGUGCUCAGUAUGCUCGUGAGCUAGCUCAGUUGCCUGAUUGGGAAGGAAGCAACAGUGACGACACAGAUUUUCUAAGUCAAUGUCUCUUUGAAAUGCUGAAACGAAAGCUAUCUGAAAAAUCUACCUUGUUUGUUCCAGUUAGGCGGUCACAGCCAGAUACUGUUCAAAGAAGAGCUUCUUGGAGAAAGCAUCGCUCAUACUUUAGACGUGUCAAGAUAUUAGAUAUUCUACAAACUACUUUUUUCCAGCAAUCGCCUCCAUCAAAUGUUGUUCCUGUGGUGCUGAAUGGUGCUAGUGGUUUUGGGAAGGGUGCAAUAGCAGAAGAUUUUAUACAUCAAUAUCAUUCUUAUUAUUCAAAUGUUUUCUUUCUUGAUGGGUCAAGUGCAAUGACAUGGCAUCUUUCAGUGUUGCUUCUAUGUGAAGUGUUGGGCUUUAAUGCUAGAAGGUAUCAUCGACAUGAGCAUGAACAGAUUUUGCUACAAGAGUUGUCAAAGUCCAGACCACUCCUUAUCUUGUGUGAUAACUUGACUGAGUCAUGUAUUGACUUGUUGACGAAGCUCAUUCAGAACUUGAAAGCUGCUGGAAACCCAGUUCACAUUAUAAUCACAACACGUCUAAAGGCAGUAAACACAAUUGACCACUACUCAGUUGCUGUUCCAAAACUAGCAGCCAGUGAAGUGGAGUCACUGUUUAGCUUGCAUGGGCAAUCUCGAGGUGCUGGUCCUUCAAAUAGUGUUCCUGGCAGUAGUAGCACUAGCCAAUUAGAUGUUUUAGAUGGCAACCCAGCGGCAUGCAACCUUGCGAGAGACUAUUUGGCAAAAACAAAAGCUGGUAUUUGGGCCCUUAAACCUCAGUAUCAUGGGAUAUGGGCUGAGCUGUUUUUUCUCUAUGGCAAAGACAAAUUCAGUCAUUGGUUGGAGAAAAACAAUAUUACUGACUUACGUGAAACCUUACAAUUUCAUGGUAUCAACUCUGUUGAUAAUGUGCUGAAAGUUGACCCAUCAUUUGUCAAUUUUUCAGAAGAAAACAAGAGUAGGUUUCUAAAUGCUAAAACUAGUCUUCAGUCAGAGCUGAAUUACGAGCGGUUGCAAGUUAUGGUGCAUCUGAACUUAAAUGCUGCAUCUAGGAUGGCCAAUAGCAUAAUGAAUAUGCUCUCAACCAUUGGUCACUAUUGGUUGCCUAUUGAGUUAUUGAUUAGAGCAUGGCAAAAACUGUAUAAAGAACAAACAGAUCAGAAUGCAUUGAAGAACGUGUUGCAGUUGGAAAGCUUAGGUCUGGUUCAGUUAGAAAGACAUCAUGAUGCUAUUAGAGCUAUUCGAGUUCCACAAUCGUACCAGGAGGCAGUCUUGCAUCGUUUCCAGACAGAAAAGCAGGCAAGUUACAAGAAAAAUGUCCAGUGUUUGGCCUUUGUUAUUUCUAGGGAGCUGAAUGUGAGCCAGCCUUGGGAUUUUGAGAAUGAUAAUGCACAGCUUCUUUUCCAUGCUUAUGUUCUUGCACGUCAUUGUGUCACUUCAUCUCUGUUUACUGUGUCAGCUCGAAAUCUUAUAGCAAUGGCUCGUGAAAUGUGUUUCAUGUUUGGUCUCAGCACUGAGGCAAGACAAAUGAGUGACCAUUUGCUAAAAAUGGAGCAGCUGGUGCCAGAGAACCACUUUGCUGUUGCAUAUGAACAGAUUCGUAUAGACGUUGCUAAUUUAGACAUAUUCAAUAUAUAUUUCACAGAUCAAUUGAUAGUGGACAUUCUUCAUACUGUCGGCAAUAGACUUUUUACCUGGGGCCAACACAGAUUGGCAGCUGUUGUAUUGGACUGCCAGGUUUUCAUAAUGAGUAGAUGCCCAGAGAAGUUUGAACAAUAUCCUGAUACUCAUGCACAUUUGGGAGAGGCACUACUUAUGACAGGACAAACUCAAGGUGCUGUUGAGAAUUUGGCUAAAGCAGCUGAUACAUCUUUUGCUGAUGAUACUGUUAAAAGGAAGUGUACAGUGACAUCUUUGGCUUCUGCUUUGGAAGCAGCUGGAGACUAUGCAGAAGCAAAGAAAUGCUAUCAGCAACUGCUUGAUCUGGUUGGUAGUAGUUCUGAUGAGCAAGUAAAGGUUCUUUUUCGACUUGGAGAAGUUUCAAAUAAAGCUGGUCAUGCUUUGGAUGCUUUUGGCUUUUUUAGUCGUUUACUGUCAGCAGAAAACAAGCUGAAAUUGACAAAGCGAAUGAAAUUACAUGCCCAAGAAGGUCUAGGGUUAGCUUUAAGAAAAAACAAUGACCUACAAGAGUCACUGAGCUCUUACCAGAGUCUCUUUGCAAUGGCUCGAGAGGAAGGAGAAGUAGAGUUCCAAAUAAAGUCAUUGGCUGGACAAGCAGAUGUAUACACUGCUGCUCGCAUGUUUGAUAGUGCUGUACGAAUCUAUCAGCAAGCGCUGAAUUUAAGUGAUGCUAAGUUUCCCAAUCAUAAGGAUCGAGCUAGCAUCAUGAAUCAAUUAGGCAAUUGUCAGAAGAGUCGUGGUCAGUUGGUAGCAGCCAAAGAAGUAUUUGAAAACUGUGUUUCCCUUUGCGCUCACCUUGGUGAAAAGAGGCCUCAAGCUGUAGCUCUUGGAAGUCUAGGUGCUAUUCAUCAGCAAAUGAAUGACCUGAAAGUUGCACUCAAAUACCAUAUUUUACAUUUGAAAUUAGCAGAAGAGCUUAAAGAUGAACAGAUGAUUGUUGCAGCCAAUGGAUGCAUUGGUAACUGUUAUACUAAUCUCAAAAAUUAUGAAGAGGCUAUCAAGUAUUUGCAUGUGGCAGUAGAAAAGGCGGAAAAGAUAAAGGACUCAACUGAAAUUGGUCGUACUUACUCUAAUCUUGGUAAUGUUUACCAACUGAGCAAACAGUAUGAACAAGCUAAACAGUAUUUUGAACGAUCAUUGGAUAUAGCAAUUCAAAUUGGUGACACUGUUGGGGAGGCUCGUGCCAGAGGUAAUCUUGGCAAUGCACUACAGAGUCUUGGUGAAUACAAGAAGGCUGUUCAAUUAUAUGAGGAUACUAUUCGUUUGAGUUCCUUGUCUGGUGUGAAUGAUAAAAUGAGCGAAGGUAAUGCUUGUCACAACAAAGGCUGUGCUCUGGAAGGGCUUAAGAAGCUGCCCCAGGCAAGACAGAGUUUUGAGAAAGCUAUAACUGUUUUUGAAGAAUUGUAUAAACAGUCUAGUUCUCGUGAAACAUUUAGACCAAUGUAUCUUCAGUUGACUUCAAAGUCUUUCAGACGCUUGCAAUAUGUGUUUGCUAAGCUAAAUAUGCCUCUUCAUGCUUUGGAGAUAUCAGAGAGAAGUCGUUCUCGAGCAAUGAUUGAUAUAGUAAAAACACGUACAAGACAGGUAGAUGCAUCAUCACCUGAUGUUCAGUUUGACCAAAUCACAAGUGAUGACAUUCUGAAGAUCGUAAAAUUACAAACUGCUGCUGUUAUUCUUUAUUCUAUCUGCCGCAAUGAUAUGCAUAUAUGGAUUAUUGAUCCAGCGUCAGGACGAAUUCAAUUUGCAUGUCAACAAAUAGCUGAUGAUCCUCGAAGUGAAUCUCAUCUAGAAAAGGCUAUCAAGGAAGCAACGAAUGAAAUUACUGUUUAUGAAAAUCUGCAUAAAUUACCUAGUAAUGAUGUUUGUAAUGAAUCAUGUCUAGAAAAACUUUAUGAAUGGUUAGUAAAGCCGAUUGAACAGUGGCUACCAACUCGAAAUCCUGAGUUAGUCAUUAUUCCUGCAAGCUAUAUUGCUAUGGUACCUUUUGGUGCCUUAAAGGGACCUGACAAUAAAUACCUUUCACAAAAAUACCGAAUUCGAAGCGUGCCAUCCGUAAUGAGUUUACAUUCAACAGAUCUUUUCCACAAUUUUGGUGAGUCAGUUUGUAAAGCUCUUGUAGUGGGCAAUCCAGAUAUUCCAGCAAUUGCAGUUCAAGGUCAAAGUGAACCAUGGAAACCUGUUAAAUUGCCACAUGCUCAACGUGAGGCAGUGGAUGUUGCUCGCCUUUUUAAUGCCACAGCUUUGUGUCAAAAGAGAGCAACCAAACGACGAGUUCUUAGGGACUUGGUGGAUGCAGAUGUUGUUCAUAUUGCAACUCAUGGGAAUCAAGGAAUGACAAGUUUAGCUUUUUCACUGGAUGAUGAUGAUCAAGCAGAUGUGUCAAGUGGUAAAGGUGUUAAUCCUAAUUUGUGUCUACUGUCUUGCCAAGAGGUAGAGAAUCUUCAUUUGAAGGCAAAACUUGUUGUUCUGAGCUCAUGCAGCAGUGCUCGUGGACAAACGGGCGAUAGUGUAAUGGGCCUAGCUCGUGCUUUUCUGAUUGCUGGUGCAAAGGCAGUAAUUGUAACUCUUUGGCGUGUACCAGACAAGGCUACUGAACAUCUAAUGCGGUUUCUCUAUCGUAACAUGCAAAGAGGCUCACCUGUGGCUUAUUCGUUGCAGCAGGCUAUGCAUCAACUGAGGUGCUUAGAGCAGUUUUCUCAUCCUCAGCAUUGGUCAGCCUUCCAAGUUGUUGGCAGUGAUGUGCUUGUGGACUUUCCAUCACCAUAUGAAAUUCCUUGUGUUGCUGAAUGUGCUUAUUUCAGUGGCAUGGAGAAGUCUCUUAAUGCAUUGGGAGAGUGGACAAGAAAAGAACAAUCUGGUCUAAAAGUUAUGUGUGUUCAAGGUGCUGACGGCAUUGGUAAGACAUCACUUGUAGCAGAAUAUAUCAAAUUAUAUCAGACCACAUUUUCUUCAAUCUUCUGGAUUCAAGGGCACAGUUCAAUUGCGUUGGUGUCUGGGAUGUGGAAGCUGGCAACUCUUGGUGGGUCUGCUUUCACAAAUGAAGACAUGGUGCAGAAAGCUCAUGCUUAUCUUCACUCUUUGGAAGAUUGGCUCAUAGUCUUCAAUGGAACAGAUUUCUCUACUGUUUCUCCAUACUUGCCACCACUCUCUCAACGGGGGAAUGUAAUCGUUGUUUCAAAAUUGCCUUUUGAGAGUUAUCGCUGGAAAAGUCAAUGUAGUGUGGUUCAGUUAGAGCUGCUUUUGCUAGAUGAUACUAUUGACUCACUGCUACGUCGAACAGGUACAACUGUGAAGGCAACAAAUAUAACUACUGAAGAUCAACGUGCACUGAAGGAACUUGUUGGCAGUCAUUGCCAGCUGGCUUACCCAUUGAGCUUGGAUUUGGCAGCAGCAUAUAUGAAGAAACAUCAUGAGUCGUUUGCAAACUUUCAGAAAAUUUUUGAUCUUAAAAAAAAAAAGGUCAAAGAAGUAGCAUGCACUACUCUACAUCAUGAUAAUUAUAGUAACACUUCUGAUCAAGAGUGUAACUCAGGGAGUUCAGUAUUGUCUGAUGCUGAAGGAUCAAGCAUGUCUCACGAUUGCUUUUCAUUUUCUAAGGCUUUUCCAGGUAGCACUGCAAAGACAGCUGUUUAUAGCCUUGUACAAAUGAUAAUGGAAAGUGUCUCAACUGGGACCCGUUGUGUUUUGUAUUGCUGCUGUUUUGUGGAUUGCAAGUCAAUUCCAAUUUGUCUCAUUACAGAUAUGGCAAUGAAGAUGGGUGAGGUGUACUUGAAUGAGCUCUCUGACAGUAGUGAUGAAGUACUUACACAACAGAAUGUGGGACGUUUUAUAGCUGAGGCAUACUCUACCUCUUUCUUGAAGAAACAUAAGCACACAAUUGUUGUGAAGCAUCAACACUUUAACAUUCAAGUAAAUGAAGUGGGUCAGGAAGUUGUAUCUUUACAUCCAUUUGUUCAGGAGUGUUUGUGGGAUUACAUUCCUGACAACAUUUAUUCUUCCAUUGUUUACAGCUGUGCUUCAGCUUUGGCAGACAAUUUGUCUAUGACUGAUGAUUCUAUACCAGUUGAUCUUUUAGUUUCACAUAGUCUCAAUUUUUGCACCAAGUUUGUGCAAAAGGGUCAUUGCUAUUUAUCUGUGAAUGCAAUUAAGGCUUGUCGUCAGGUUGUAGAUGGUGUAAGAAACAUUUUGUUGAAGAAGCAAGAAUUUACUGAGGCAUUCCAGCAUUUUAUAGAUUUGUUUACUGACAUUGCAACUGUUCUCAAGUAUGACUCUGAAGACAGAGCUCUGCUAGACAGAUUUUGUAGGAUUGUAGAAGGCAGUCCCAUGUUUCCUGGCUCUGACACAGGAAACUGUCAGCAGCACUUGUUCAAUGAUGUGGCUGUGUUUGAAGAAACUCACUGCAUAGUUUUAUCUUCACGUUGCAAAGCCAAGGGAAAACAGCUGUGUGGUGUGGAUAAGUUGGUUGAAGAGGCUGAGCAUUUGUUUCAACUUGAUCAGGCGUUUGACCAAGGCAGUACUUUACUUCAUCAGUACACUGACCAGAAUAUUCUAAAUAUUACUAAGGAUCUUUUGCUGGCAUUAAAAAGUAUUCAUGAUGAGAGAGACACUGGAAAGCUCCUUGGAACACGUGUGACUGGUGACCGUGUUCUCAUUAACAAAUAUGACAAGUCUGCUUGGUUGAUCACUACAGAAUCUGAUACUAUUCAAUUUCAGAACAUUACAUGGGAAGGAGAAUAUGAUGAUGACGACGAUAAACAGGCUUUUGCUAUAGGUGUACCUAAAAAUCUGGCUGCACCCUCAAAAUUGGGCAAUUCUUAUUCUAUGCAGGCGAUACCUGAGACAUUUCAGUUUGUUGAAUCAGACAAUGAUAAAAGUGGACUAACAACUUCACACAACACUAAGCAAUUUCAUCAAGAUGCAUUUAGUACUAUUGGAAGAGAGUGGGUGGUCAUACAGAAAGAACCUACUAUAUCUUCUCCUGAAGACUCACGACUUCGCCAAUUGAGAUCACUUGGUUUGUUGAUUUUAAAGAUGGUUUUGACGAUUCGCUGCUAUUCAACAAACAUUACUAUUACAAUGGUCCCUUCACCUGACGUCUUAUCAAAGUUUUUGAAUGAUGAAAACUCGGUUAAUCCUACUUUGUCCAGAAUCAUUCAAAAGUGUUUACUUGAUGCGCAUUAUGUAGAUCAAAUCCUUGCUUGCAUAGAUGAUAGUGCAGCACAGCUUCGUGAUUUGGUCUACUUAUAGGUGACUACCACGUGAUAUAGUAUACAUUUAUCUAGUUAAUAUUAUAGUAAUCUAGACAUAUACUAUAUAUAUGUACUGUAUUGAGCUGUCUGUAUACUAUAUAUAUAUAUGU